ACCAACAAGGUGGGAGUGACCUGCAGCAGGGAAAGGGGUCCUGUCUUCUUCUGCCCUACUCUCCUGCCCUGGGGAUAAACAGCAGAUGCCACAAUCCCUGCUGAAUUGUGUGCCUUGGAGUAUUCUCUACACAAGGGUUGUUUGUGCUCAAAGUCAUUUAUCCAUUUUUCUCUGCAGCCUCUCAGAGCAUACCCAGCCUGUCAGCUUGGGCUUUACAGGGGUGAAAUUUGAUUUACUAUGUACUUGUUUUUCUGCUAUGAACUCUGAAGUCUCCGUGCCAAUAAACGUAGAGUGGCAUACAUGCACUGGUGAUGGGGGACCCUGAAAUAGGUUAGUUAGAUUUAAUUAUGAGACAUCUAUGCCAGCAUCAGCCAUGCAACACAGAACAUUGUCAGAUGUUAGAUCAAAGACAGGGCACACACUGUAGAAGAAGAAAGGUGCUCAAUGAAAAGAGAUAAUUAAUUGUAUUGGACACAAGUGAUGAAGCAUCUUCCCCAGAGAAAGGGCACAAAAGCAAUAUAGGGCUGAAAGCGUGAAGGCAAGAAACAGGAAUCUGAAAUUCUUGCAAUAUAAGUAAUAAAUCCCCAGUUUUGGUGGGAAUCCUUCACUAUUUUGAAGAUAGAGGCAGCUAUGGCUGGGACAGGAGGGCAGAAGAGAAUGGCUAGUUUGCUCACCACACCUGCAGGUGGGAGGAGUGGCUGGUGGCUGCAUUAGCUCUGGUGCCUUGUUUCUUUCCCUAAGUCAGGUGUCCGCUUACUGUACAAAUAAAGGUGCUUCGCUCACAGCAGAAAAUGGCAGUAUAUUGGAGAACUGUAGCUAACAGAAUUGUCUGAAAGAUUCAACCUACAGGUGAUGACCUGAAAAAAUCAUGUCUGAGGUCCAGGGUACGGUCGAGUUUUCUGUGGAGCUACACAAAUUCCAUAAUGUGGACCUCUUCCAGAGAGGGUAUUACCAGAUAAGAGCUGGACUGAAGAUCCCAUCCAGGAUUCCCCACAGGCUGUUUGCUACAAUUGCGGGACAGACAGGUGAUUCCAGCCUUUGCUCAGCCUGUGUGCAUGAAAACAACGUUUACAGCAGAAUAUUUCAGAUUUUGUACAGGAAUGAAGAGAUCAUUCUUAAUGAAUCGAUGAACUUUAGAGUACAUCUGCUUCUGGAUGGCGAAAGGGUGGAAGAUGCAUUGAGUGAGGCAGAUUUUCAGCUCAAGUUGGACCUGCAUUUUACUGACAGCGAACAACAGCUGAGAGAUGUUCCAGCCAUCCCCAUGAUCAGCAGCCGUACACUGUGUCUUCACUUCCACCCCCAGAGAGGCCUGCACCACCAUGUUCCUGUCAUGUUUGACUAUUUCCACCUGUCAGUGAUAUCCGUCACGGUGCACGCGUCACUGGUAGCAUUACACCAGCCUCUGAUCAGUUUUGCUCGUCCAGGGAAAGGUUCAUGGCUUGGUAAAGGCAACCUGGAUACAGGACCAGACCAAUCCAGUAUGUCAUUAGAAAAUCUUGUGUUUGGAGCUGGCUACUGCAAGCCCACUUCAUCAGAGGGAAGUUUUUAUGUCCCAUCUGAAAACUGCAUGCAGCAUGCGUACAAAUGGCAUAAGGACCUGUGUCUUCUGCUCUUGAAUGCUCAAAGAGGACUUCACAUGUACUACACUCUCAUAAUGAAGGAGAUUCCUGAUUUACCACAGCUGAAGUUGGAGGAACUACCCGUGGAAGAUACGUUAUCUCAGCUUUGUGCAGAGCUGCAGCUGUUGAGCAAUCCAGAGAAGAUAGCAGAACAGAUAAGCAAGGACCUCGCCUGGCUUUGCUCACACCUCCUGGCCCUGUGGACCCAGUUCCUAGAGGUGGUAACACUCCAUCCAGAAGUCACAGCUUAUCUGACUCAAGAGCAUCAUAUGCUAAGGGUAAGGAGAUUCUCAGAAGCCUUCUUCUACACUGAACACAAUAAACUUGCUGUGCUGACGUUCCAAGAAGGCCUGAUCCAAAGUCAUGCACAGAUUUCUACAGAAAUUCGUAAUUCAGAGUACUUCACCAGCAUGCCCCCGCUGCCAGCAGAAUGCCUUGACAUUGAUGGGGACUGGAACACGCUUCCUGUUAUUUUUGAAGAUAGGUACAUGGAUUUGCCUUGCAAAGAUCAGAAUUUGGAUGAUUUCCCAGAUUUUGAGGUUCCUGCCAAUACUCAAAUUGAUAAAACAGACGAGAAGGAAAAUCUUGCAUCAAAUGAUGCCACUGUAGGAAUGAAAGGAGACUUUGGCAAAGGUACUUUGCUAAUACACACAGACAGGAUAAACGGGAAUCCCUGCUUGUAUAGUGAUACCGAAGGUGCUGCUUUUGCAGCCAAGGGUUUAAACCAGCACUCCACAUCUCAGGUAUGUACAGCGAACAAAGAAGGCCAAAGGAAACCUGAAAAUAUUUGUGUUUCAAGUAAGGAAACUACUUCUGUCUUAGAGCUAAGCAAUACAGAAUGUGCAUCAGAGGAGUCUAAAACAUGCAAGGAAGUUUUAUUAAAAGACAGUCGGCACUCAGUGGGUAUUACCUCUGGAGAGAAGAAAUCUAGCAAUAAGGGUGUCCACAAAAGUGAGCCCGUGUUGAUUGUCAGUGCUCAGAUUGAGUGUGGGGCAUGUGGAAGUGAUGGCUUGGAAGGCAGGACUGAAAUACAUAAAACAGCUGAAUCUGGUCAUCCUGAGAAUAAUUUCAGUUCUGAGCUUGCACUGAGUGAAUUCACCAGGCUUGAAAGAACAGCAGAUCCAGAUAGCAAGCCUCUGCCGCCUGUUUUGAAAGGUUUGCCCUCCCACAGCUUGGAGGUGAAGUUGUUUGCAAAGGAGCAACGAACUGAGGAGUGUGAAGAAUUUACCCUGAUGUCAGGGGUCAUAAAGAGAUCCUCCUCUAUAAUAUCAGAUUCGGGCAUCGAAAGUGAACCAAGUUCAGUGGCGUGGUCUGACGCUCGGAGCCGGGCUCUGGAGCUGCCCAGUGAUCGAGAGAUCCUGCACCACUUGGUACGGAGACAUGCCAUCCACCGGAAUUCCCUGGAGGGUGGGCACACAGAAAGCAAUACCAGCCUGCCCAGCGGGAUCCAAGCGUCUCUCACAUCCAUUAGCUCUUUGCCCUUUGAGGAGGAAGAGAGAGACGUGGAGCUUACCAAACUGACCAAAUCUGUCUCAGCUCCUCAGAUCAGUAGCCCAGAGGAGCCUGCAGAGGAGGUGGACAUAUCUAAACACACUGAAGCAACCUCAGGAGACUCAGGAGGAUAUUUAAAAAGCUGCAGGGAAACAGAGAAUGGAGAUCGGCAGUUAAUGACAGAUUUUUCUGUGUGUCAGAUCACCACUGAAAGUGGGCAACUAGAACCAAGAGGACCUCCCAAACCCCCUGCCAAAGACAGUAAUGGUAACAUAGAUCUACAAAGGGAGGAGGCAAAGGAAGAUUUCUCAGAGACUUACUGUAGUUUGGAAUGUGCAAAACCACCUGUAUGUAAUCCUCUCAGAGAUAAUGACUCUGAAUGCCAGUCACUGGAGAGCAAUGAUGAGUGCAGCUUAAAAACACCAAGGGCUAAUAAUUGCUUGGACAGAAGUAUAGAUGAGUUUGAUAAAUACAUUAAAGAUCCAAAGGAUACAUCUAAGCUAGACAGCUUAAAAAUAGAACAAGACUUGUACAUCAAUGUGAGAAAAACAGGAGAGGACAGUUUCUCACAAAGCAUAAAGCUGGUACCAGAUAUCUGUAAUCCUGUUUCAGGUCCUUCAGAGACUUCAACAGAAUUUGACUCAAUGCAAGGAGAAUGCAGUAGCUUUCUUGCUGAUGAGAGCCUGCUGGUGUAUACAGAAAUGCAGGGGUUACAGGAAAUUGAGCUCAAUGACUCACCUGCCUCAGCAGAUCCUGCAGCAGAAUCCUACCAGGACAAGUAUCCUCAGGAACUCGACAACCAAGAGCAUAAACUCGUAGCUAAUGGCACCGGGUUUCACUCGGUUACAGUGGAGGGGGUAGCACUGGAAAGCAGAAAGGCUGUCGAUGUGGUUAACCUCUCCGUCUCUUGCACGGCCACAUGUCUUCCCUUUUCUUCUGUGCUCAAAGAGACCCCUGCGAUGGUUGGCUUCUCUGCAAAGCAAGCUGCAUUUCCCAUCACACGUCAGCCUCUAGGCUCUUUUGGAGUUGUCUCUUCUCAUUCAAAUGAGGUGGAUGAAGAGGCCAAUGAAAGGAUGCUGAAUUUUUAUCAGGCCAAAGAAAAUUUUAAAAAAGAAAUGAAGAUUGAAGGAUUUCUGUACAGUGACUUAUCUGUACUAGCUUCUGAUAUCCCGUAUUUUCCACCAGAGGAAGAGGAAGAAAAUUUGGAAGAUGGAAUUCACCUGGUUGUCUGUGUGCAUGGAUUGGAUGGUAACAGUGCAGAUCUACGACUGGUAAAGACUUUUAUAGAACUGGGACUCCCUAGUGGAAAACUGGACUUCCUAAUGUCUGAAAGAAAUCAGACUGAUACUUUUGCUGAUUUUGAUACAAUGACUGACCGAUUGUUGGAUGAAAUUAUUCAGCAUAUUCAGUUGUAUAACCUCUCCAUAUCCCGAAUAAGUUUUAUUGGGCAUUCUCUUGGUAAUGUCAUCAUCCGAUCUGUACUAACUCGCCCCAGGUUUCGCUAUUACCUCAACAAGCUACACACCUUCCUGUCCCUCUCUGGGCCUCACCUUGGAACCCUUUACAACAACAGUACUUUGGUUAGUACAGGUCUAUGGCUCAUGCAGAAAUUGAAAAAAUCAGGGUCACUUUUGCAAUUGACCUUCAGGGACAAUGCAGAUCUGCGCAAGUGUUUCCUCUACCAGCUCAGCCAAAAAACAGGUCUUCAGUACUUCAAAAAUGUUGUAUUAGUGGCCUCACCCCAAGACAGAUAUGUACCCUUUCAUUCAGCAAGAAUAGAAAUGUGCAAAAAUGCACUCAAAGAUAGACACACAGGCCCUGUUUAUGCAGAAAUGAUUAACAACCUACUUCAGCCUUUAAUUGGGGCAAAGGACUGCACUUUGAUCAGACACAACGUGUUCCAUGCUCUGCCAAACACCGCCAACACAUUGAUAGGCCGAGCUGCCCACAUUGCUGUGCUGGACUCCGAACUUUUCCUGGAGAAAUUUUUCCUCGUGGCAGGACUCAACUACUUCAAAUAGUGCCUGAAGUGUGGGGUAACAGAGGCAAACCAUUUCACUGAAUGGAGGAGAAUCCCUUAGCCAAAAGCUUCUAGUAUUAGAAAUGAGAUCAGGUGGGACUUUCAGACUCUCUCCAUUUCCAUUUCUGUUUCCAGAAAAUAAAGUGCUAUGGCUUUAAGGCAUUCAGGCUUCCAAAUAUUGGUGCUUUUGGAAGAAACAAAUAUUCCUUUUCAGUUUUUAUGUCGUUUGUCCACAUAAAGACAUGAGUGAAUUCUGAAGGAGAGAAUCAGAAUAUAGAUGGUUAAUUAUCUAAAUGAGAUGUGACAAUGUGUUUGCAAUUUCUGUCAAGUACUAACCCAGGAACUUAGCUGUUCUUGAUUUAAUGCUUAUUCAUGUAUUAACAAAGAUACACAUCUGUAGCACUUUGGGAUGGUUAACUCAAGAGGAAAGAAAUGUAUAUGAACUCAGGUUAAAACCUCCUUUAUGAUGAACUGAAAAGUCAACAUUUAUGAAAGAUUUAAUGUUUCCAUUUGGCAAAAGAAAAUGAUUUCAUUAUUCAUAAUAAUUUGUAACAUGCACAUAUUCAUAUCAUGGAAAGGAGGGAAAUAGUUAACAUAGAAUGAAAAAAAUUCUUGAUAUUUGUCUUUUUUAUGAAAACCUUAAGUUAGUUAACCUUUUGUCUAAAUUAGAAGCUGACAAACUGAUAAGAGAUUAUUGGAUUACUUGUGAAGUAGCAGUGACAUCUGUUAAGACUUCUCCUGUUUACAUUUAUAAAAUACCAUUAUUGUGCUUGUCGUUAUAACCUUCGAGUUAAAAUUUUUACUUUUACAUUUGUAUCCAAAUACAUUUACCCCAAGAUAAUUGUUUCUAUUUAUCAUUCUGACCCUGAAAUACAAAAGUUGACCAGUAAUAUCCCUGUAAAAAAACAAUCCAAUGAAAAUGGGUUGGUGACCAAGAGCAGUAAGGAUUGUGGAAAGCUUAAAAACAUAAGGCUUCAUCUGCAAUGCUCUAAUAAGGUUUUACUAAUGCCCAUCUGCAGUGCCAUGUGCAGUCCUAAUUAUUUUUUUGGUACAGCUUCUUAAAACAUUAAAAAGUUUAUUCAUACAGUGAUAUCAGCAUUCUUUUUAAGAGCAUGGAAAAUAAUCCAUUUUUCACUUUUCUAUUUUGCAUUUUUUUUUAAAUUAAAAGUUACCAGCAUUUUAAAUGACAAAUUUCAAUAAAUUUCUAUAAGUUUUCAUACAAUUUUGAUAAAUUUUCAAUGUCACAGAAGUUUUUUCAAAAAAAAGGAGAAGGUGAAUAAGUCUUUACAAAUGUUUUUGUUUGGAAGGAAGACAAUAUUUUUUUUUACUGCAAGUGUAAUUUAUUUAAAAACAUAAGUGACCAGCCUUGUAUAAUGAAGUAAAUGAACAUAAAAAGUGACAAAGUUGGUUCCAAAUGUCAAGACUGUCAACAGAGAACUAAGAUAAAACAGUGUAGAUUCCUGAAAUAGGAGAAUUGAAAAAUGAAAACAAAAGAACUCACAGGGAAACCCCAGGGAAAUAUUUGUACACACAAAGGAUAAAACUGCUUUGUUCUAAAGAAGAAAACUGGAAAAAUUAUAUAGAAUUAGUUCAAGAGAAGAGUUGCUAGCAAAUGGGAACGAAGAUGAUCUGAUAGUGUAGGCAUGUUUUGAAAUAGAAAGGAAUAAGUAGGAAUAUACAAAAAGCUGAGACUAAGAUCAUGUGAAAACAGGAAGGUAUAUUUCACUUAAAAAUCAUCUUCUGCCCUUCAAAAGUGACACUGAAAUUAAAUAGAAAGAGUUGACAUGGUGCAUUUCAAUAGUGACAAGUUUUGUGAACAUUAAAUAUUGCUGAAAUACUUGAAUAGGUAGAUACUUUUGUGGGUUUUUUUUGUUUGUUUGUUUUUGUUUUCCUUUGAAAAAUUAACAUUUUUAAGCUAAAAGCUGAAUUUACUCUGUUAAAAAUAAAUUCUCUGUCAGGAAUCAAGAGCUUCUGGUACCCACAUCUUGUUUUUGGAAGUCUUUAUCUCUUUUCGGCCUCAAAAUUUUAGUGCCAAGUAAACUUAUGUGUCAGCAUCCUUCUUCCUUGGUAAACUAUUUACACAGUGUUAAACAUAUUGAGACUUUUAGGUUAAGCUUUUAUACAAUGCAGUGGUUUUGUUCUGAAGACAUUGACUUCUAGGUAGUAUGUGAAAUGCAAGGAAGAAAAGCAAUCCCCAAACAUCAGCAGUCUUCAGUGAGUUCUAUACUGAUCUGUUCCUCUUUUAGAAAAUUUUCAAGAGUCUGCACAUAGAAAAUUUUUAAAGUCAUUGAGAGGCCAGUUUACACAUAUAUACAUACCUAAUGCGCGCACAUGUGUAUGCAGUAUAUACAAAGAAGUACAACAAAAGAGGUGUGCUUAUUUCAAGGUCUCACACUCCAUGUUUUUAAUCCUGAGUAUACUGAAUAUGACAGCAUACCCGUGUUGUGCUUCUUAAACUUAGACUGAUGAUUUCUUGCCUUGCACAUUAGUCAGUAUUCUUAACCUUUUGUUCACAUGACUGUGAGGUCUCUUUUGUAUUACUACAGAAAUUGGUGGCCCUUUCAACACUCUACACGACUAUCAAUACUGUGACUGAUGAAUGAACAUACCUAAAGGUUUAUGUGUUCCUGAACAUACAAUGUUCCUCCAAGGCGUGGAGUCUGAUUUCAGUGGAGUUUGAUUAGGUCCAUGCAACUUGCUCCUUGGAGGAUGUGAUAGAAAGCUUCUGAAAAAUCUAGGAGACAUCAUUCCAGUGAAAUAACGUAAUACUGAUUUUAUCUUUCUUAUGCUCCCAGAACAUUAUGGGAAACAUUAGCAAUAACUGUCUAGCUUAUCUUUCAUUUUGAGGUUCUUAGAAUAGUCUCCCUCUUUUCUUCUUCUUCUUAAUACAAUAUUGCCUUGAUAAUAACAUGGGAUAUUUUAAGUCUGCUCUAACAGCGUAUAACAUUUAACUGGUUGGACUUCGUCACAAUAUAGCAAUCAACACUGAUUCAUUUUUAGAUGGUUUUUAUAUAUUGAUUUAUAUAUAGAGAAAUAUAUAUUAAGAAUUAACUUUGUAGCAAAUAUCAACUGUACAGUCCGCAUCUUUUGUGUUAACCUUUGGAAUUUGAAUGUAUUGUCCUUUCAUAUACAGCUUCUUUGUAUAAAUUAAUUACAUUAGCAGUAUCGAUAAGGUUUUCCCUUCAAACUGCAAACAUUUACUUUGAUAUAUCUGUGGAGGCUAUGCUUAUUUCUUAAGCAAAGCUCUUAAACUCACAAUAGAGAAGGCCAUUUUUCAAGAAGUUGGACAGAGUGGGGGACAUGACUAUUUGAAAUGAAACUCCAUCUCUCUGGGAUUCUUCUCUAGAGAAGAAAAAAAAACAAAACAGCAAUGUAAUGUUUCUUC